AUGGCUGAGACUGUUCAGAUUUGCACGGACUGUCUCCAGAGCAAGCCGAUCGACGAUUUCAAGAGCAAAAGCUGCAAAACUGGAAAUCGUGUCCGGAAAACAUGUUCUGCAUGUCGUGAUCGGAAGCAAAGCAAUCGAGCAAAACGGAAGAGUAACGACGCAGACAUCUCUGAGCCUCCAGUUGAGGAUACUCAUGUUCCUCAUUUCAUGCGGCCAACUACAGCCUCUUCACUUCGAAGAACGGCCUCAACUCUUCGAAAAAUCGCUCCUCAACGUGUCUCUGCCCAAGUGUUCCAGCAACAAACUCUAGAGCAGAGCCAGCAGGUUACCUCCUCGUCUCCUGCUCCUUCUUUCCAUCUUCGAGGUACUCACUCCCAGGACACCCCACAGAUUGCUGAUGCUCGUCGGCGUAGAGAGCAAGAUCGACGUGCUCAUCGUGUUGCAAGACGAGCUGGGGAAGACGUGCCUCCCACUCAGGAAUUAGAUAUCUUUGCUGAUUAUGCAAAGCAUUUGAUGAAGUUUCAUGAUGGACGCUUUGCCCGCCAUCCACGUUUCCGCUACGUUGUCUUUAACACGAUGAUGAGACAACAGGCCAACACUAAAGCUAGCUUUUUCAUCAAGCAGAAGACUAAGGAUGGGCAUCAAAUCACUGCAGAUGAUUUACGUCUAGCUUUUGAGGAUGAUGCUCCAGAAGGUGAAGCAUUACUUAACUCAAUCACUCGCCGAUCUGGGACGCUUCGGGGGACACGUCCUUUUUGGACAAACAAACAUCAACACCUAAAAGCGAUGGUUAAGAAUAUUGGCCCUUCACAUCUUUUCUUGACUUUGUCAGCUGCUGAUUUACAAUGGGCCGAUCUUAUGCAACAUCUGCCAAACUUUGAGCAAUGGAAAGCAGGUACAAGUUCAGAGCGGAUUCAAAUUGCACGCGAUAACCUUCGAGACAACCCACACAUCGUCGCUCAGUGGUUUCUCAUCCGAUACAAUACAUUUCGAAAAGAGUACGCGUCAAAUGUUGAGAAGAAAACCGAAUCUUACAAGGAUAUGAUGAAGGGCUUUCUACCUAAACUCAAUCCUCAGAAUCCUUUGCUAUCUGCUGUAAGUAAGAUGAUGAAUCGUCUUAUCGGUGAACGAGAUUGGUCGGCCCAAGAAGUAUUACACUUGCUUCUCGAUAUACCACUUCAAUCCGCAAGUCGAAUCUGUAUCAAUGUCGACUGUCGCCCUGAAGAGGUUCAUUCCGCUGUAUUUGUUCCUAUUGAGCCUGAAAUUGAAGGCGAUGAAACUGUUCAACGAGGACUUUCAGCAUUGGAUAAAUACAAACGCCGUCAUACACUGUUCGAAGAUCUAUACCCCCCAGAACAUUGA